AUGGUAGCCAUUCCAAAUUUCAUCGACAAGAUCCAAGUGCAGCUGGAGAAUGAGUCUGACCCAAGGAAUAUUUUGGUUCUCUUUGAUAUUAUACACGUUCUGUGCAGUGGGUACAUAACGCAUGACCAAGGGGGGGUAGUUCAAUCGGGUGGCACAGCGGAGCGGGUGGAGCAGCAGGAGGAGCGGCAGGAGGAGCAGCUGGGGCAGCAGGAGGAGGGCGCUCAGGGACGAAACCCAGGAGCGCUGUUCACCCGGGACAGAGAAACACACUACCUCAAGUCAGUAAUCGACAUCGCCUUUUAUUACUUCCCAAUAGAAUUUGUUAACAGCGAAGGAAGGUACGACAGCAUCACAGAGGAGGACCUACAGAAAGCCUUCUACAUGUGUCUCAAGUCAAACAAAAGGUUGGGGAACUACGUCAUAAUGAAUAUCCUAGACGAACUAUACAACACACAGGAUGAAGAAAUAAAUGAAAAAAAUUUACAAAACAUAAAAGAGACUCUAGGAGUAUGUGCACCAUUCUAUGGUAGUGUAUGUUGCUCAGGAUUCAUCUCCACAAUCACAGGACUCAUCGAAUUGGAAUGUAUUGACAGUGAUGCAUCAGAUAAAAUGGCAACUUAUUUUGUAAAAAUUCUUUUUCUUUUUUUCAAAAUUGUAAAUGAAGAAAAGAAUGAAGAGUUGAGGAGAUCCCUUUUUGAUAUGCACUUUGCUGGGAUGUUUCGGAAAUUCAACAAUUUUCUCAUUCUGCAUAAGUGCCUGUGUAGUGAGAAGCAACCCUUGGGGGGGGUUGCACCUGAAGCUGAAGCGGUGGAGCGCGGGGUGGAGCCCCCUGUGGGGGUAUCCUCGACGGGGCGUCCCAGCUUGGCGCAGCUCUUCCGCUUGGAAGAGAUUGCAAAUCUGUCCGACUCUUCUCAGUCGGGAAGUGUGAGAAGUGUGAGAAGUGGUGGGAGUGACCGAAGCAACCGAAGUGGAGGAAGCAACCGAAGCAACCGAAGUGGAGGAAGCAACCGAAGCAGCCGAAGUGGCGGAAGCGCCCCCAAAGAGCGCAGCGAGUGCACCAGCGAAAGCGACAGGAACAUCCUCGCUAUCAUCAGGGAAAAAAACCACAUCGAAAAAAUGAAGGAGAGAAAGGAGAGACAAAACAAAAGGAACAAAAUAAAACUGAACAAAUUUCCCGUGAUUGAAAAGAUCCUCGUGUGCUUAUCGAAAGGGAGUACCUACGUCUUCCUGUACGUCCUGGAGACGACCCUUAAGCCGAUGCUCCACGAGUGCUACUACUUGGUGCACGCUCUGACGGGGGAAGGGGAGUCUCCUCCCCGUGGAAGCGCGCAAGAGACGCGAGCUGAACAGAGAGGACAAGCUGGACAGAGAGGACAACUUGAACAGAGAGGACAAGCUGGACAGAGAGGACAACUUGAACAGAGAGGACAAGCUGAACAGGGCUCACUCCCUGCGCGCAACGCGAAGGUCCAAGCCAAGUGGAACCUCGUCGCGACGUACCUUAGCUUUAUAAACAACGUGAUGAGUGAAAGCGCGAAAGUGGAGGAGGUAGUGGCGAGGGGGAUCAGCUUUGUUAAGGAAAUCUGCAUAAUCGGGGAGCUUCUAAGGAUGGGGCGAGACCAGUUUUUUCACGCGUACCACGAUUCGGGUCUUCACCUCUUUGGCAUCCUGGCGAGCUUUGUGUGCAUGCAUGGGGGGGCAGCUGUGGGGGGGAGCGUCCCGAAUAGCGGCACAGAGCACGGCUCAGCUGGCAGCCCAACGAACGACGCGGCUGGCAGUGCAACAAACGACGUAGCUGACACCGCAACGAACGACGCGGCUGGCAGCGCAACGAACGACGCAGCUGACACCGCAACGAACGACGCAGCUGACACCGCAACGAACGAAGACGCCCUGUUCCACCAAGCGAUCAUCCUCUUCUUCUACUUGAUCGGAAUGCACCCCGGGGAAAACGUAAAGCUGCGUGUGUUGGGCCACAGCGGACGAGACCUCCUCGACCAUGGGGAGGACCACCUCCUUAAGAGCGCAGGCGAGUGGAGAAGAAGCAUCGUCGAGGAACACCAUCAGUUCAUCUCAGAUAUCAAACUGAACAACGAAAAUAUUGUACGGGAAUGUAAAGAAUAUAAAAAAAACGACCUGCUCUUUUUUCUCACCUUAGUAAGUAAAAUCAUAAAGCACAAGUAUGAGCAGAUUGGCAACUACCUAAAUACGUUACUGAUGAACAUGUGCUUCCUACUGCUAAAGUUCCACUUCGGGAAGAACGAAGAUUUGAAUUUGCACAGAUCCCUUUUGAGGGAGACCUACCAGGUUGACAUUCCCUACCUCUUUUUCAUUUCCACCAAUGUGGCUUCAUUCGUGGUGAAAAAAUUUUACCACUGCGUUGAGGAGGUGAAGGAAAAGCUUCUUAUCUUGAAAAAGGAAGAAGACACCACAGGGAGUGUCCAUACCCGUAUUGAGGUAGACAAUCAGACGGACUGCCAGCUUGAUUUGGAGUUAUCUCCACAAAUGGGUGAGUAUGACCCCCAUUCAGGGAUGACCCCCGGUGGAGUCAUUACUGAACUUCUUCGCUUCGGUGGAGGUCCUAUUGGAGAGACGCUAAAGUGGAAACGCGUUCAGGUGAAAUGCCUGCUUGUGGAUCCCACACAGGGGGAUACACUAAAGAAGUCAUACGAAACGGAGGUGAAAGAAAUAAAAAAACGUUGGGGUGAAGCAAAACAGGAAGAAGGAGACACAACGUGGGAACGCCAAUCGUUUAAGCUUACCAUGUGUGAACCCACAAAUAGGGAAGACAUCACAUCGUUUUAUCUCGCCUAUAUAGUCAGUUUAGCGUAUUCGCAGAUUUACAAGAGGUGUGAAAGGGUAAUGCAGAGAUAUGGAUCGUUUUCAGUUUCAGAUGGGUCACCACAUGAUAGGAGGAACAACCAAGACAAGGUAGAGAACGAACUAUGCAAACCGCAGAACGAACUGUGCAAACCGCAUCUUCUUGUGAAUAAUAUGGAGGUGAUGGAACUCUGCAUAAAUUAUCUCUACGAGGAGGCAGUCGUGAGGAGCAUCCUCUCAAGAGGCACGUCAACAGAGGAGGGGGAGCAGCAGGAGGAGCAGCAGCAGGAGCAGCGGCAGGAGGAGGAAGAGAAACAACAGAAGGGACACAACAAAGCAGAUAACCUGAAGUGCAUCCUAAUAGUGAAUAGCAGUGAUGAGCUGAGUUACUACGGGACCUACGUGAACAACUUGAAAAGCUUCAUUCGAAUAAAUGAAGUGAAAAAUCUACACCUGAGGGACCAAAUCACCAAAAGGGGGGAAGCUGCGAAGGUUGGACAUUCCCAUAUAAGUCCCAUGACGUAUCUCUCAUGUAACAACCCCUUCCGUAAUGUAGACGUGUUCGAGACGGACACAUUACUGUACAUUUUAAAAAUUACCUUAACGAGUCAUGUAAUUUGUGAAGAUUGGAGGGGAAAAGCAAAGCAAGAAGGGGAUGUAGAAAUGUCCAUUUUGGCUAGUUACCUAUAUCGGAAAGUAAAAAAAAACGUGAAUCAUAUAUUUAUCACCAUGAGUGAAGCGAAGAAGAAAGCGUUUAUCGAAAGGAUGAUUGAUUUCUGCGUAGGUGGGGAUGUACACCCACACAUGUCCGAUAAGGAUGGUAUUUUUGGAGGAAGCAUUGAAGAGAGUUAUCACUUGGAUAAUUUAAUUGGGGCAAAGUUCACCCCACGUUUGAUGAACCCGCUUCUGUUGCUUUUCCUACCUGCCCUACUGUCCAUCCACACACAAAUAGGACUAGACCACAUGCAGAAAUUAUUAAAAUUGUGCAUGUACAUCUUUUUAUUUAACCUCCCCCUGGAGAGCUGUUCGUCCAACCGCGUUAGCACCUGUGAGAAUAACUCAAAUGGAGGGGGCACCUGUUGGGAGGGUCUCACCAGAGGUGCGAAGAAUGGAAGUGCACACCUCUCACGGGAAUCCGUUUCGAAAUUUUUAGACGAAAAAGGUAAGGAGCAUUUCAAGGAAGGGGAAGUCCCUUUUUGGGAUGGCGACCAUGUAGGAGACUGUCUUCUCCACCUGGAUCGUGCCAAUUUAGAAAGUGUGCAUAAAUGUGCCCUACAGAUUGUAGGCAUCCUACUGCAUAACUGGGAUGGUAUUCACAAAAUGGUAAACUAUAUUUUAGCCCCAUUCGAUUUGGUCGACGAUCUUGGCAUAAGCUUAAAUGGUGCACUAUCUUUUAAGCGUUUUAUCGACCUGUUUGCUUCGACGUAUGAGGCGUUUAUACGUAGGUGGGAAAAAGGGGGAGUAGCAGAUUCCAAGGGGGAACAACUACCCAGGGGAGAUGAAUCCCCAUUGGUCCAACUUCUGAGCAAACUUUUCGAAGCUCCCACGUGGGACACAUCAAACCAGCUGUUCUACCUUCUAGAUUGUGUUUACUUUGGCGAAGAGGACCCCUACUUUGCCCAAAUAUUUUACAGUAGAGGAAAAAAUGAGCAUCCCUUGAGAGAAAAAGGGACUGCGAAGGGGAUGGAAAUUGGCUUGUUGGAUAGAACUUACUUGAAGGGGAUGGAAAUUGGCUUGUUGGAUAGGACUUACUUGAAGGGGGAAAAUCGGGAGGGGCCCAACCUAGGCGAGCUGAAGUUUGUGAGUUUUUACCCCCACGAAGAGGGAACAAUCAGGGUAGCCAAUUUGAAAGAGGUGAUAUGUCUAGCCGGGGGUCAGUCCAUUGGAGGUGGAGAAGAAAAUGGAAAGAACAGCAGCGGUAGCGAUAGAGACGAGGGAAACCUUUUUCUUCGUCGAUAUUUCCUCCAUUUCUUCGUUCAGCAUUUCUCUCUCAACUACGAUUUGACGUUCCACCUGUGGAAGCAUACCUCAGAAGAAGUAGCAGAGGAAAAUCUGCAACACGUAUGCGACAGCGUGGCAAGUACCUCACUUCACCAGCACACAUUUAAGCAGGUGCUAAUCUGGUAUUUCUACCUGUACCCUUCCCAAGUCUACAGUCACAUCUACUCAGUUAUUCACAACAUAAACACGAAGCUUCUGUUAAGUGAUGAGAAUUACAACCGUGUUGCUUUUAACCCCAACGAUGCUUUCCUCUCCUUAUGUAGAGAAAAACUGUUGCACUUUAUUUGUACCAUGUAUAAUUAUUUGUACUUGAUCGAUGUGAGUGAGAGGUUCCUUUCCAUGUCUGAAUUCCUUUGGCUCAUGGAGAGGGAGAAGUUUUCAUUUGAUUACUCUCUGCCCUUUGAUGUCAUCAGGAGGAAUGAAAAGACGCUAACUUUUUUGGAAAAACUGAGCAGCUAUUUGGGCUUCUAUAAUGAGAGCAGUGACAGGGGCAUUUCGAAGUCGGCAACGCUCGCUACGGACAAAAUGGACCAAAUGAAAAGGGAGAGCAACUCAGAUGAACACCUCUCCGAUUCCCUCACGCCAGGAUUGAUCAGCAGUAUGGAUGCAUCUCAUCAACAGGUGAAAGAACACAGUGUGAGUAACCCACGCAAGGCAAUCGAAGCAGAUGGGGACCACCCCAAGGGUAGCAACUUCCUCUCGCUUUUACAAAAACGGAAAGAGAAUAGGAUACUAAAGUACAACUGCAGGUACCUCUGCCUAGUCCACCUGGCGUCCAUUGUGCUGUUGAACACACCUAUGGAAGAUGCACUACGUAAGCAUUACAACGUCAUGGAGAUGUGCAUACUAAAAGGAAUAGCACCUCCGAAAGAAGCUCUUCAGGAGAACGUCCAAUUUUUAUUGUCGUACAAAUGCCGCCUGGUGAAGAGCCUGCUCAAGUUAAUCGUGUCUGUUCCGCUGCCUUUGGCUAGGUAUCAGUGCGCCUGCAUUUUUUAUGUCAUUUCGUUUUUAAACUACAAGUCUUUUCUACCCUAUGAUGUCAUCCAGGACAUUAAGUGGUACCUGUCCAUCGCGUCCGUGGACCCGCACAAGAAGGUCAGGAAAAUGGUGGUCCUCUGCAGAGCCAGGUGGAUGUAA